CUCGCUCACCGCAGUUUGACUUGUGCUCCUCUGAAGCGCCCUCCCUUCCAGACAGCCUUCCCUUGGUGGCCGUGACAAGACAAUUCCAAGAAACUACGCCGGCCCAAGCCAGCAGAUCACGUCCGUCCAUGUCCAUUCGUGUCCAUCCGAACCUGAAUUUCCCCAGACAAAGCCAAGGGCCAGGAUGGCCCUGGCUGAUCGCCGCAUGCCCCCUGCAUCCAAUCACGGACCCCAGUCAGCCAUUUUUUCUCGUCUCGCUCGUCCUUUUCAGCUCCACGGCCACGAAAUGUCCUUUCUAUUCUCGAGCCUGACAGAGCUGGCCCGGCUCCAUUCGAGCGCGUCCUCCAAUCAGCCGCCCAUCAACGGCCUAUCCAACGUUUCAGAACAAGCUGGGGCCAGUCCAAGCACCACCCUUUUGCCCUCCUUUCGGCUAGCCGCAUCUCCUUUUCGUCUCCUUGUCCGUGUCGCCGAUGCUGCGUUGGAUGCUUGGUGGCUCAAUGCUGGUCGCUGGUCGCUCGUCGGUGCCACUUCAGCCCUGGGUGACAGAAAAGAGAAAAGAUCAGGUUCAAAGACGCCAAAUACUGCCGCUCGAGCUUCACACCCGCGUCUCCCUCUUGCAUCUUCACUUGUCCGUGACUCGUUCCUUUACAUACCUGCCCUUUUUCCUUUCCUUAAGUGCUUACUGACCAACCGACUUGACACCCUUCAGACCUCCGUCACAUCCUUCUGCCCAACUUUUCAAUAGGCUCUGGUUCGCCUUGGUCCCCUUUUGUGCAUAUUACUCCGUCCCGCCUCGCCCUCUCAAGACCUCUUCGCAUCCUCCCAAUUUCACCACUCGACUCCUCCCAACCAGUUUUCCUUCGUUUUUCCCCUUCGAAUUACUGUUAUCGCUGGUCGAAGACGUCGUAUGAGUCGUCACCAUCUAUACCUUUCACUUAUUACGCCAACGCCAUGUCACUAGCCAUGGCUCGUUCGCAAUGUACGGCGGCACUCCUCGCCCUCUUCUUGGCCGCCUUUCCCUCCACAACUUUGGCUUCGCCUAUAUCACACCUUCAUAAACGCGACAUGGGCACUGGUGCCAAAGCUGGUCUCGGCGUCGGUCUCGCCGUUGCGGCCGUUCUCUUGAUCGGCCUCGUCGCCUUCUUCAUCAUCCACUUCCGCCGCUCUCAACAUCUCGCCGCUCUCAACAAAGAACGCGCGAUCCUCGCGGGCGAGAAGAACCAAGAUGGCUCUGACAAGCCCGAUAAAUUUGCCGAUAACCCGCCCGAGAAGUCUGCAAUGCCUCGACGAAACAAGUCGGUCAAGGACCGACUCAUGGGACCACUCUACCGCGGCAGCACUAUUGACCUGAUGCCCAUUCCAAAGGCCCACUUCAAUCCAAACCGCAGCAGCACCGCUACUACACAGACAGCCCACUGGGAUAACAUCGACGGUCAACCUUUCCUGCACAAGCCCUGGGCCGGCGGCGAAAGCUCCCCUCGGCCCAGCUUCAGCAGCAAGCGAGCUACCAGAAUGAUGAUGAUGAUGUAAACUUGGUCGUCAUGGAAGAUUUUGUGUACCCGUUGCUGGAUUGUCGCUGGCUUGUUUGUUCUAAAAUGAACGGUACAUUGCCCGCCAAUUGAGUUGUAUACCUCGUUCACCACAUUUUGACUCGGAAGCGUUCGUCCCACGAAAGGGGCCUGUGCGUUUUGUGGUUUGACUGGAAAGCUAGGGCGUUGGGACUACCACUGGACAGCCCAUCGAUGGCAAGGCCUGGGAGGAGUAAUGAUCGGUUUAGCGGCGUUGGGUGCUCUGUGUGAUUGUCGUGUCGCUGAUGAUCUUAACAUACCCAGAAUAUAUCAUGGCAAGUUCUGCUGUUUUUUUGGAUCUUUUGUCAAGUUUACCUUGUGUUGAGGCCUCGGGGGACCUCAGGGAAGGAGAAACGUCGUUAUCAAUGUAAACUCCCGGGGGGGGAGGAAGCUGCUGGAUCUCAAAGAGUUUGCCAAAGCAAGAAAGAAAACUUGUUACAGUUGCGGACAUGUUGCAACCUUUUGGUCAAACGCACAUUUCAUCGGGAGCGGAACCUCUCCUGUCCUGCUUGCUUGCUGUGGCUGCCGACGCGGGUAGCCAUGGUCACUCAGCCUUACUACCCUACCUACUUACCUACCUACCUAUACUUAGCUACAUACCAAAUGUACCGGAAUCGAGACAUCAAAGCUUUGUGCAUCUUGUAGCUCA